AUGGCUGGGAAACAAUGUUUCCUGGUUUGUCCACCUUUGGGAAACAUGGCUAGGAAACAAUGUUUCUUAGCUGGUCAGUUGCCCAAUUAUUCUGCUCACACUAUAGUAUUAAUUAUUCUUAUGACUAAUUAUUUUGUAUUUUUAGUGAGUGACAAGGCUCCCUCCAAUUUAACAGUCCCAGGCAUCACCGCUACUUCUUUAAACUUGUCGUGGCAAUUUGCAUUCGAAGAAAAGCUCUCCCCAUUCCAAGGAUUUUCAGUAUUUUGCAGAAGAUUUUGGCUAUACAGUUUCAAGGAAACGUUCUAUGAAACAACAACUACUCGAGCCGAAAUUGUUGGUUUGAAACCAUUUACAGAGUACGAAGUUCGUGUUGCACCUUGGCAUCUUAUUGGUUUGGGCUUCAUUAGUGAUGGCAUUACUGUCAAAACGAGAGAAUGGGGUAAGGUCCUAAUGCCAAUGUAUUGUGCUCUAUCUAAUUCAUGUAUGCCAACGUCUCUUAACGCUUAUAAACCCUGAUUCCACGAGCGCUUUUUCCUGGCGAAAUUCGAAAAACUUCGCACGAAGUGAAAUAUCGCAUGCGCAGUAAAGAUGCAUUAGGUUAAAUAGGUUUCGCGAGAAAAAAAUGCGCCUUGCUAGUGAGCAGAAUUCAGUUUUACUCACGGCGAAAGUGAAUAAAGUGGGAAAAUUCAUUUGAAUCAUUCGUGUGCAACCAUCCAUAUUUUGCAGAAACAAUUUCUCGCAAAGAAUUUCGCCGUCUAAGGUAGCCGAAUAUAAGUCUUAGCAACGGCAUGCAGGGACGUAGCGAAAUUACUUUAUAAUGUUUAUAUACGUUACCUAAAAGCACUUCCCGAAAUUCAGUGUGGGUUUUGUGUGACCAGUGCGAUGCUGGUUAUGUCGGAUAUACGUGCCGUCACCUAUACCAACGUGUUGAUGAGCAUAAAACCACGAUUGUUGGAAGGCAUGCCAAGGAGGCGCACGGAGAGGCUUUGGAUGACUUGCUUGGGAGGUUCUCGGUUCUUCGAAAAUGCAUUCAGGUAGCAGGUGUUUCUUUCGAAAGAAUAUACAUGCAUACAGAUGAAUUGUUUAUUACAAAAGGUACCAGCUUUGCAUUCAAAGACUGCAUGAAUUACGCUGAAAAAGUCGCGUAAAAUUUAUGUUAUAUUUACAAGACUAAUUAAGAAAGAUUUAAAACUAUAAAAUUACGAAUCUAAGAUAAAAAUGUCAGCGAAGUGUUCUAUGAAUGAUUUCUUGAACAGACCUGUCUUGCACCUCGGAAUUUCAAAAGUUCUAGGAUUCCUCAUGAUCCGAGAUACAGUUGUACAUGUCUUUUACCACUUCUGAGACACGAGUUUGAUAACAGCUUGUGCAAUUUUCUGCAGUCUUAAGUUUCAUGUUGUCUGUACAUGUACUUUCUUUGGAGACACCAUUUACCUCCUGACAAAUCGGAAAAUGAUCAAGAUAUAGUGACUCUGAUUGAUUUACAUUUUGUAUUGACAUAUAUGACUGUUGACAUUGCUUUUUAAUCUUCAACAUUUGAGUGAGUCGUAUGCUUUGGAACUGAAAAUGUUUUAUUACUCAACUCUUGAGUUGUUUUGUUUUUCAUUUACCCAACAUUUUACUCCCUCAAAAUUUUGUUUACCCAACCCUUUUCUCUUCGGUGACACCCCAUAAAUAGUGACAGCUCCCUUAUUACUUGUAAAUAAGGAUUCAAAUCAAAAUAAUUCUUUCUGUUUUAGUUCCUGCUGCGCCACCUCGACGCUUCCAAGUGAAGGUACUAUCUUCAACCAGCCUUAAGAUACAAUGGGGCACCGUGCCUAACCAUGCCCGUAAUGGUAUUAUAAUUGCCUACGAGAUUGCCAUUUUAGACGAACUUAAAAAUUGCUCAGAAUAUGUUAAUCAAUCUGCAAGUGUGUAUCAUUAUGUGAAAAAUGGUUUGAGGACAUACCAUCCAUAUUCUGUGAAGAUAGCUGCAAUGACGUCUGUUGGCGGUGGAGUGUGGAGUCCAUGGGCUAGGAAAAGAACUUCGGAAGACGGUUAGUUCGUAUUUAAUUUUUUACAUUGUGCCACUAAUCCAUUUUGGGUUAGUGGCACAUUAACCAAGAUAUGUGGUGUACCAAAAAUGCAAUAGCCCUGUUCAGAUUUUUACACAGCUAGUUAUAAUUAGUAGGCAUCGACAAUCCAAUGCAACGCACUUUUUGAGGAACUUGCAUUUGAAAAAGGCAAAUUUACGAUACGAGGAAUACUUCUGCUGAACUCAUGCUACUUCCUUCUUAGAAUAGGCAGUCUAUCAAGAUAUGAUAUUCUGAAAACUAAACAGGAUUUCAUUGCAGUGUUAUGUUUUUGUCGGAGUUAUGUUAAUUUGUGAUUGAGCUCAUUGUAUUUUCCUAUAAUGAAGUAACCGUCCAAUAGGGAAAGCGGAGAUGAAACGUGCAACCACAAUGAAUAAUAUUUAAUAAAGUUGAGACAAAAGAUUUGUGCACGGUGAGACACAGUUCAACAUCAAACAAAGGUCUUCAACAGAGUCAGCUAACGGUCUGCUGAAUGUCGUGGGUUUUCUCCGCGUGCUCCAGUUUUCUCCCACAGGGAAAGUUGACAGCGUGGAUUUAUAAACACAGUUAAGAAAGUAAUAGCAGAAUUGUGAAUUGAACAAAGUCGCAUGUUAUUAGCACUGAUGAAGAUCCGGGCUUACAGAUCGAAAGCUUUGCAGUAAUAAAUUUACGUGCAAACAAAAAAGUAUCAUAUGUUUUAUCGCCAUGCAAUUCUAAUCCACAUAUAAAUUUGUGCUAUAGAAAUGCUAGUCGUAAUUGCCCUCAAUAGACCUUUCCCCUUACAACUAAAAUUUUGAUGUAGACUAGUCUAGACAAAAAUUUCACCACAGCUUGAAAGAGCAUCACAAAAUUAGUAAUAUUCCGAAGUUUCGUUGCGAAAUGUUGUAAAAUGCGGAUAAUAUAGCCCUGCGAAAUUUGCAAUUUUCAGUCAUUUUGUAUUACAAACGGGAAAUUGAUGCCCCAAUACCCGAUUGGGCUGUCAAUUUCCUGUGCGUAAUACAAAAUGACUGAAAAACGGCAAACUUCGCAAGGCUAUAUUAUCCGCAUUUUACAACAUUUGCAACGAAACUUUGGAAUAUUACUAAUUUUGUGACGCUCUUUCAAGCUGUGAUGAAAUUUUUGUCUAGAUCAAAAUUUUAGUUAUAAGAGGAAAGCUCCAUUUUGUGGCUUUGAAGCAAGUUUGCCGGACUUCCAAUCUUGAUAGAAUAUGGAAUAAGCUAUAAAUUACACACACCAAAAAUCAUAUUUUCAAAAUCGCAUUUUUUAGCUCCUUCUGCCCCGCCAGGAAAUUUCACGGGGAUGGUACGUGAUCAUCAAUCCAUUACAUACACCUGGCACGAAGUACCCAGGGAUGACUGGAACUCGCCUUCUAUUGAAUACUUACUCCAUUGCUGUGACAGCGGGAUCACGUGCAAGCACAGAAAUGAAUACUUAAUUAGAUGCUGUAACCUGACCAAGGUCACGUGUUUAAACAGAAAAAUAUCUGGUGGCCAUACAAACUUUACGCUAAGUGAUCUCAAACCAUUCACGUCGUAUAAUUGUUCUAUCUUGGCUUUCAAUAACAAAGGCCAAGGACCGUCAGCUUGGGUUGAGUUGGUAACCACAAAACAAGGUAAUACGAUUAAAUUUUGGUAUUAAAUAUGAUAAAUCAUAUCUGUCCGGAUUUACUGGGGGUCCAGCCCUCCUAGCCUUGACAAAGGGGGUGCAAGGGGGAACCAUUUUCCUUAUUAAAUCCAGUUUUGCAUUUGGAAAGGCAAUGGUGAUUCCAGCUUUUGACGAAAUUUUGAUCUAGCCAAGAAGAACGAAAUCCAUUACCAUAGCUGGAAAGAGCAUUUUAAAAUGAGUAAAAUUGCAAAGUUUGGUUGCGAAUUGUUGUAAAAUGAGGAAAAUAUAGCCCUGUGAAGUUCGCAAAUUUUGUAUAUAUUUGCAUUACUCGCGGGAAAAAUAACCAUUUUUGAGCCGAAAAUGAUUAUUUUUACCGCGCGUAAUACAAAUAUAUACAAAAUUUGCGAACUUCACAGGGCUAUAUUUUCUUCAUUUUACAACAUUUCGCAACCAAUCUUUGCAGUUUUACUCAUUCUAAGACGCUCUUUCCAGCUGUGGUGUUGUUGGAUUUCGUUCUUCUUGCCUUGAUCAAAAUUUAGUCUGCAGCUGGAAUCACCCACGACGAAAAUAAAAAAAGAAACAUGUGGUAUAAAAGAGAUUUCACGCUUUCCAAGUCUUGGAACCCGGUUGUCCAUAUACAAAUGCAAAGUAAUUUCUACUAUGAACAUACCUGUCAGGGCCGCAGAGAGGGGGGGGCAGGGGGGGGGGGAAAUUGCCCCGGGCCCCGAGUUGCUAGGGGGCCCUGAAAAAUUUUUGUUGGGCCCCAGCCUUUUUUCUGUGUUAAAUAUUUCCGCGCAAAGGACAAGAGAUCUGUUUUCUUGGGCUAAGUACCGAAUUUUGGCAUAAAAAAAUGAGAUAAAGUUCCUCGAAAGCAAUUGCAACUUACUCGUCCGGAAAAAUUUUGUAUUCCGGAAAAAAUUUUUGACCCCUAAAAUGGUACACUGACCGAAAAUUUUUUGGCGAAGGGGGGGGGGGGAGGUUGUUCUCCGGAAAAAAAUUCCGGGGAAAAAUUUUUUAGAUAGGGGCCCCUAAACAAAAUUUGCCCCGGGGCCCCGCCAACCUCUCGGCGGCCCUGAUACCUGUACCUAUACACGGCGGGAUUUUUGGAUUUUUCUGGGUGUCUCUGGCUUCCAUAUAAACAGCCCCAAAGUUGUUGGCAAAAUUACCUUGUGCAACACGACCUUAAAAGUUGGUUGGAGCUCGACAACUGUCUCUCUGUGGCUCAGUUGGUUAGAGCACUGCACCGGAAUCACAGGGCCACACGGGUUCGAUUCCUGCAAGAGGACGGAUAUAGUUGCAUUUUUUGCAGCUGUUUCUGGUUAGAUCUAAUAAAUAUAUAAAAAUUUCCACUCGAGAUUUCCGUCUACAAAUCCCUUCUUCUGUUAUAGCGUACAGCAAAUCCUUUCUCAAUGUUACAAGAAUAAGUGUCGCUACUUGGUCAAUUUCUCUUCACUGGAACUAUUCUCGCCCUGCUGGUCAAGAUUCCCAUCUUCAUCUACAAUAUUCCUGUUCCUCGUGUGCAACAGAUCAUCUUGAUAUCACGAACAAAAACAACAUGAUCAUUGAUAAUUUAAUGGCGAAUCAAUGGUAUGAUAUAUAUGUGUAUGAAUUAUAUGAUGGAGACAUUGUGGAAAACUGCAGUGUAACGUUUAAAGUGAAGACGACAGAAAAUGGUAGGUCGUAUAUAUCAAACGCAUUACAGUAAAAAUCUCAGACUCAAUAAUUAAUGAGUAAAUUAGCCAACCAUAUUGCUUUAUUUUGCUCACAUGAUAAUACUGGAUACCUGGUGAAGUAUAUUGAUCCAGUCCUUGGACUGGUUCAAAAUUAAUUCACCUCACUUGAAGUAGUGAUUUAUUCGUACGAGAUGUCAUUUCAAAUCCUCCAAUUCGGACUGGACUAGAUUUCAAGUCCUCGCAUUUUGAUCCAGUCCUCGGCUUCGCCUCGCUUUCGUCCUCAUAGUCGAAUUUGAAAUAUUACUUAAAAUCCCCUCGCUGUCCUGCAUGUGUAGGGCCCUUCUUUAAGGGAGGAGGAGGGAUGAGCCGUCUCAAAGAAGACAAGGGGGGGGGGGUACUGAAAAGGGGUGGGUUGAUGUAAAAUGGAGGGUGAACAAAACUGAAUUUCUUGAUGAAACCUAUUGAUGAAUAUUGGCUUCAACCUGUCAAUUUUGCUAUCCGAAACAGCUGUCGUUAAAAAGGAGGGGGAGUUAGAAAGUGUGGGUAAACAACUGGACUCUGUAGCGCAGUUGGUGAGAGCACUGAGGAAAAAACUGUCAUGCAAAUUGCUGAGCAAGACAUUUUUCAAAGUACUGAAAAUCAAGACUGAGUGGUUAAGUCUAAUAAAUGUAUGUCUUCCAUGUUUCUUUCAGUUCCGCCCGCACCUCAAAACGUUACACUGUGGCCAUUGUCUUCCACGAGUCUCUCACUAGAGUGGUCAAAACCUCCAGACGACCCAGGAAGUGGCUCAAUACUUGGCUAUAACGUUGUUCUACUUGAUCUAGUCACUGGUACAUCGCACAAUUUCACGAACUAUACCGAAAAAUACGUUUUGUUAAAUUAUUUAAAAGAAUAUCACAAUUAUUCAGUGAACGUCGCAGCUUUUACAGCCGUUGGUCAGGGAAUGUUUACUCCUUGGAUUCGUACAAGAACUUUAGAAGAUGGUAAGUGUCGUAGCAGAUGGUUUUCAGUGUCGUGUUAGAUACGCAAAUUUGUGUACAUUCUUAGACUCACCUGACCAGAAGCAAUUGCAAAAAAUGAAACUUUAGGGACUGGUCAUAAAGUAACUGCUAGAGUGGGCUGGAGGUAAAUCACAAAUUUUGCCAAUAAGUUAGGUGACCCAUCUUAGGAUGUAGAUAAAAAUUUCAAAGCCCAUCUAAUCUUACAAAAAAAUUUUCAUGACCCACCCAAUCUUUAUUGGAAAAAUACACUUUUAUAAUAAAAAAACUUGCAGGUAUGAACAUUGUAAAUAUACAGGGCACUGUAUUGACAUACAUAAUUCUACCAGGUUUGACCAACACAUUGAUACUGAGCUGCUCUCCAACUAGUUGGUUGUAUUUGCUAUGAUUCGACCACUUCUUGUUGUAUAAACAGAGUACUGGUUUCAAUAGCAUCAUUUGCAUUUGAUAAUUUGGAUACAGUUUUGUUUACUUUUAUUAUUAAUAUCUUUAUUUUUGAAGUAGACAUGCAUGGGUUUUUGUUUGGUGGCCCAACUGUGGACAUACAAAAAAAUUGGCGGCCCAUCGAAACUGCCCAAAGAUUUUCCAUGGCCCAUCCCAAAUCACUCCAGCCCACCCUCGCAGUUACUUUAUGACCGAUCCCUAAUAGGUCCUCGGGCAGGAAUUGAAUCUGCGGCCUCGAUUCCUUCCAGACGGUCUAAAGUUGUGUUUUUCGCAAUUGCCCUUGUUUAGGUCCAAUAAUGUAUAUAAAUUUGCGUUCGAAUAUUUGAAUAUUCCAUUUACAAAAAAACAUCUACCGUAGUAUUAGGGCUAUCGAAUGAGAUGCCCCAAGAUCUCUGUAUUUCACAGUACUAAUUAAUAAUUUAUGUAGCGCAAUUUUUUCUGGUGAAAUGAUCAAAUGCGUCUCGUAGUCUUCGUACACUGAUAUUUUAAAUAUAAGCGGGGUUAAUCAUACCUAACUAUGCUCACUCUUUAGCUCAGUAGUGAGUUCUUUAUAGUUCAGAUCAAUUUAAUAUAGGCUACGUGCAACACCUUUGUAUGAUCUUACCCCCUUUGUAUGAUCUAAGUACCUAACCACGUUUUAACUACGCAGUGAAACAUAUAAUAUCACUUUAUUAGCCACAUUCAACAACACGCACUACGUCUGCAUGAUCUAACUGUGUUUAACUUCGCAAGUUUAGCAGUGUCAGAACACAUGCAACAACAUGUACCACAGACUACUGUCAGAUCUAACUGUACUUUCCAAACGGUGAGUUUUGUACAAAAUGAAAUAUUUCUAAGGUAGCGCUCGUUCAGGUACACACACUAUUUCUGCAUGAUCAAACUAUGUUUAACACUAAUCCAUGAGGAUAUGCACUAAUCCACAUUUUGUUUACUUUCAUAGUCCCCUCUGGUGCUCCAGAAAAUCUCACCGUUACAGAAACUUCUAGCUUUUCGCUUCUGGUUACUUGGACAGCAAUACCGAAAGAAGAUAGGAACGGUGUUAUCCUGGGUUAUGUUUUGACAAUCCUUGAUCAUCUGACAAGUCAGAAUGAGACUGUGAUACUGAAUGGAUCUAACCAGUUCAUGUAUGAGAAGAAUGAUAUUAAGAAGUACUAUUAUUAUUUAAUAACCAUUGCUGGUCGAACAUCUGUUGGUGUUGGUAGUGAGGAGAGCUCGGUUGAAAUCUCAAACUUAGGAAACG